AUGCCUAGAAAGGGCCAAGGGAGGCCGCCGCCCAAUUCUGGGCUUGAGAUAAAGCCCGCGAACAAGCUGCGCCGGCAGAUGCAGCAUAUCAAGCGCAAGAGGUCCAAGGACAGUACCCGACGGGCAGAGCGCUAUGCCGUCAAGAAGGAAGAAGCCAAGAACCCGAACCUCAGAACAGAGCGUCUGCGGCGCAAUGUGCCCCUGACCCUAGACCGGAAGCGAGUGUGGGAUGAUGCCGACAGCGACGCUGAGGACCACGGAUUGGGGCUGAGUGUCGACGUCGAGCGCAUCAAGCGCGCCAAGAAGGACGAGGAGGACGAGCUUAACCGGCCAUUGGAGGAUGGAGAGGACGAGAGCGGGGACGCGCAGUCAGACGACGGGUCAAUUGACAGUAUGAUUGCCUCGAGCGACGGCGAAGACAACGACGAGGACGAGGGCGACGACGCCGACCCGGACGACAGCCGCGGCCGAAGCAAAUCGUCGCUUCCCACGGCAACGGACCGGGCCACCAGCCCGACACACUCAACCCGCAGCACCAACCUGAACCUCGCACCAGAGGCGCUGGCAGCCAAGUUCCCCGCGCUCUUCUCGACGGAGCCACCGCCAACACCCAAGAUCCUGAUCACGACAUCGCUCAACUCGACGCUGCACAACGAAGCAGAGCUCCUGACAGACCUCUUCCCGAACAGCGUGUACAUCCGGCGCACGGCGCACCGGUACUCGCACAAGUUCUCGAUCCGCGAGAUCGCCAAGUUCGCCUCGAACCGCAACUACACCACGCUGCUCGUUCUGCAGGAAGACCAGAAGCGGCCGAGCGGGCUGACAAUCGUGCAUCUGCCGCACGGGCCGACCUUCCACUUCACCAUCAGCAACUGGAUCGAGGGCAAGCGGCUCCCCGGCCACGGCCGCGCCACCGACCACUGGCCCGAGCUGAUCCUCAACAACUUCCGCACCCCGCUCGGCCUGUUGACCGCGCACCUGUUCCGCUCGCUGUUCCCGCCCCAGCCUGAGUUUGAAGGCCGCCAGGUUGUGACUCUGCACAACCAACGUGACUAUAUCUUCGUGCGCCGCCACCGCUAUAUCUUCCGUGAGAAGCGCGAGACCGAAAAGCCUGUUGUUGGCACUGACGGUCAGGAAAUGAAGGGUGCCGAGGGAAUCCGGACUGGUCUGCAGGAAUUGGGCCCGCGGUUUACCUUGAAGCUGCGCCGCGUGGAUAAGGGGAUCCAGCGUGUCAGUGGACAGGAGUGGGAAUGGAAGGGUGGAAUGGAGAAGCAGAGAACCAAGUUCCAGCUUUGA